AUGGUCAAACAGAGAGAUGACACUAAUAAACAGACUAAUACUAAGCAUGAGCCCGUCGAAGAUUCAAUUUUUAGACACCCUAGUAUCAUUGCCGCUUAUGUACAAUUGUUAAUUAAUGUCCUUAUUGCAUUAUCCAUAUGUUAUAUGUUGGUCCAUGUUUUCUACAUGCUAAAGAAUGACGUACAAACAAAGAUUGAUUAUAUUAUUAGAUCAGAGAUUAAUAAAGUAAAAUUAUGCGAGAAACAUUAUUUAAUGAAUCAAUGUGCUCCAGAGUUACGUGUUCCUGCAUUGGAAGAAGUUUGUUCAGAAUGGUUCCAAUGCAUUAAUGAUGGUAAAGUUGUCACUGAUAAUAAUUUUUACACAUUAAGAUCUGCAAAGUUAUGGAUACAGACCAUAGCUGAUAUUAUAAACACAUUUGUUGAAGAAAUUAAGAUCAAGGCAUUAGUUGUAAUUAUUACGACGAUACUGUUAUCUAUAAUCACAAUAAAUGUAGCAUUCUCAAGAUUAAUUACUACAUAUAGACAGGAUUAA